AUCCUACAUCGACCGAUACGUUAUCGGCAGUUCUAGUCCGACCGCCGCCACGGUUGGACGUAUGUCUCAAUGGGCGAGCUGCAAUACCCAGGGGCCCCAAGCGUUGCUGAUGACGAGAGACAGUACAGGGCGCCCUUCCGACGGGCCCCGCAGUAUAGGUGGCCCGCGCCACAGCCGCCGCAGCCCUCGGCCUUCGCCCCUUGGAGGAGGGCGCCGGCACCUCCACGGCCUCCCGAUUACCGUCGAAGUGCAUCGUACCCUGGCAAACCUGAUGACACCUACCAGGAACGCAGCGGAUUAGACAAUAUGCGGUCGUUAGAACACUACUUAACAGAUAUUAUGAGGGCAGACACGUCAGACCACAUGAAAGGCAAGUCGCCGUUCUUCCCCGGCGUGGAGGAGGCGGCAGUGGCGGGGGGCGCGGCCGGUGCGGGCUCGCCCUCCGUGCCAGACCAGGAUGUGGUCUCCCGGCUCUCGGCUGCUGGUCUGUCAAUGUGUGUGAGCGCGCUGGGCUCGCCGGCUCGCUCGUCGCCCGUGUCCGCGGGCUCCGAGCACGGCGAGCGGUUCAGCCGCAAAGUCUUCGUGGGCGGGUUGCCCCCGGAUAUUGAUGAAGAUGAGAUUACGUCGUCAUUCCGACGGUUCGGGCCGCUGGUGGUCGACUGGCCGCACAAAGCCGAGAGCAAGAGUUACUUUCCGCCCAAGGGUUACGCGUUUCUACUGUUUCAGGACGAGAGCUCAGUAGCGGCUCUGAUGGAGGCGUGCAUCACGGACGACGACAAGCUGUACUUGUGCGUGUCGUCGCCCACCAUCCGCGACAAGCCCGUGCAGAUCCGGCCGUGGCGGCUCGCCGACGCCGACUACGUGCUCGACGCCAGCAUGCCGCUCGAUCCGCGCAAGACUGUCUUCGUGGGUGGGGUGCCUAGACCUCUCAAGGCUGCGGAGCUGGCGAUGAUAAUGGACCGGCUGUACGGCGGCGUGUGUUACGCCGGCAUCGACACCGACCCAGAGCUCAAGUACCCCAAGGGCGCGGGCCGCGUGGCGUUCUCGAACCAGCAGUCGUACAUCGCGGCCAUCUCCGCGCGCUUCGUGCAGCUGCAGCACGGCGACAUCGACAAGCGCGUCGAGGUGAAGCCGUACGUGCUGGACGACCAGAUGUGCGACGAGUGCGCGGGCGCGCGCUGCGGCUCCAAGUUCGCGCCCUUCUUCUGCGCCAACGUCACCUGUCUGCAGUACUACUGCGAGCACUGCUGGGCCACGAUCCACUCGCGGCCGGGGCGCGAGUUCCACAAGCCGCUCGUGAAGGAGGGCGCCGACCGGCCGCGCGCCGUGCCCUUCCGCUGGUAUAACGCACUAGGCAGCAGCAAGCAGCAGGCUGCGCACCCAUCUUUGCCCAAACCCGCGGCCGCCGCCAGGCUAUUCUAGCCGCGUCUACCGGACUGCUGGCUGUCUAGUGCGGUAUCUAGUAAUAACCACUUCGAGUUCUCCUGCCUUAAAAACCAGGCGUGAAGGUAUACCUAUCAUUAUUUAGACUAGUUUUUCAGACAAUUUGCACCAACCGGCUAGGAAUUUUUUAUGAUGGCAACACCAUUUUUCACACUGGACUGGUCACACCGCCAGUGUGGGGGAUUGACUGCUCAGCUAAACGGACAUUCGUCGCGACUCGUGGCCUUUGGAAUCGAUUUAGGAAUAAUCGAUUGUUGAAUGAGUUUAUCGAAUGUGUUGCGGCUGACGAUUAUUGUAAGUGCUAUAAAAUAGAAGCAAUUUAGUAGGUAACUAAUUUUUUGAUUAUAUUAGUGUGAAUAUUCGACUCGAUACUGUCCUUAAAGUCUGACUGCAACAUAUACGAUAAAUGGCCCGAAACUAUAUAACAUUCGAUUGCAAAGUAAUCGAUUUUUCUAAUCGAUAUUCAUUGGCCACAUACCUCUGAUUUUGCAAACGACGCCAUUGGCGCCUAGCAAAUAAAAAUUGCAACAUUAUCCAAUGUUUAAUGUUAAGCAAAAUAUUAUAGAAUGGAAGUACAAGGCGUCGAUUCAACUGACUCGUUUUGGCGGGAUUCCGCCAUUUUGAAAUAUUGGUAACUUUAUUACGUGGCUUGAAUACACCAAGAUUUUCUUUAAGUGCUAGUAGGAUAUUGUGUUACAUUAGAAAUAGGUAGAUAAUUACUUUAAACAAGGAAAGCUGUAAUUUAAGUCUAGUAAGAGCAAUUAGUUGGACUAUGACACGUAAUAACGCUACAAAUAUUGCCAGUUUCAAAAAAAAUCUGCUACAUUGGUAGAAUUUCCGCAAAACCGGGUUUGUUGACGAAAAAGAUUCGAUUUAAGCAAAAUAUGUAUCCAAAACUUAGCUAGAUGUCCGUUGUCAUUUGUGGAUAGGUAAGGUCUAUCGGUCACGAGGUGACGCAAUCGCGGCUCGUCGCACGACAGUCGCAUUUGUGUACGCUCACUUAUCGUAAGAUACUAAGCGUAAGACAUAAGUGAAAUGUCUAAUUUUUUGAAAAUAACUGUACCUGUGUAGCUAGAGACAAUUUCCUCAUAUUUUUCCUUUGUUUUUACUAUUGAAUUAGAAUUCUCGACUUGGAUAUUGUUGCGGUUGUCUUAUUGUCCCGUUCGUGUUGCGGAUGACGCGUUUCAAACGAUUUUCACUUUUACUUGAACGUUGCUAUUGACAAGGUUUGUGCUUUUUCCAAUCAUUCCCUGUUUGAGUCCUGUAUGAAUUGUAAUAUUAACCUUACGAGACUUGUCAUUGCAACGCACGAGUGACGCCAGGGGGUCUGUUCUCUUGUGUACUCUCAUCCCGCUUUCGAACGUGGACACCUAAAGGAUUAACUAUUGGGCUCGUUUUGAUUUCGACAAAGGGAGGCGGUAGGGACACGUUUUUAGUACAAACUUAACAAAACGGUUACCAAUUUGGCUGUAGUCUUGCUCUGCAAGUGGUGGGGAUGCGAGUGCGGCGAACUCGUCCAGUCCUGUCUUGUUAGGAGAAUUGAGUGUUCAUGAGAUUUAGAGUAGUUUGAAGUUCAAAGGUUUGGUAAGUCUGUCCGAGUCCGGCUUUCUGUGGCACAUUCACACGACUCGAGUCCCAGCUACCUGACUAAAGUUCGCGCUCGACGGUCCCCACGUUUUAUUUUUAGCGUUAAAAAGUAAUAUAUUGAAAAAAAAAAACUAUUUUUUUGAAUUCGCCGGGGUAGUGCAAUAGAUGGUAGCAUAGUAUUUAAUUAUCGGCACAUACUAGCGGCGUUUAGUUUGUUGCAGCCAGGGCCGCUAGUAGGUCUGUUUGAAACUAUUUAAGAUUAUAUUAACCUUAUUAAACCUAGUGUAAAUAGGAAGGUUUCACAAUUUUUGCCUUCGCGCUCGUUCACUUGGGAUUGAGAUGGAAUACAUUUUUUGUGGAGAUGUGACUGUGUUUACUGCCCGAAGCAAAUAUAUUUUAGCAAUAUCUCACCAAUCAAUUUGUGAGCCUGGCUCCAAUUUCUAUAUUGCCAGAUUGACAUACUUCAGCGUCUAACUAAAGUAUAUUCGCUUCAAAAACAGUAAACGCUUUUAAACACCGAUGUUUAAUUUAUGUCGUGAAACGUCCUCACGGAUCAAUCGCGCGAGAUUAAAUUAUUCACAUAACUAUUGAACUCGAAACGUUUUGAAAUUGUUUGUGUUGGAGGGAAGACAUAUUCAAAUUCCUGGCAGACUGGACUUACAUUGUGCCUUGUGGAACACCGUUCAUUAUUGAAAGUUGUAAGCAAUGGCUCGAAGUUCGGUAGCUUAUUCUGGGUCACGGUUCAACGUAUAGAAACGCUUACGAAUUUCAAUAUGUUUCUACACAGUUGGUUCUGUACACUUUGUUUUUGAUCGCAUUUUUACAAGAGGAGAUGCCAUUUCAUAUAUCUGGUUUACGAACUGCUACAGGUCCUAUGAAUCUUAACAUACUUCUUAAAGACCUGAUUAAAAUGCGUCUCAAAUUGAGUGUAUCAGAAUUUGAACUCAAAAUUUUCGAUAUCUUUUCAGUAUAACGUGUACUUAAAUCUUAAAAUUAACAACGGAUACACACUGUGUGGAGUUAGAUAACGUAUCCCGAAAGACCACGGAAAUAAAAUAGACUGUAGUAAAAAGACUUGCGCGGAUUUUUUGAUAAUUUUUUUCAUGAUUUCGAUGCGGUUUUUCGUGUUGUGUGGUACCUUUUUUCGAAAAUUAUCAUGAGGCUUGAUAGUGCCUUGUUGUGGCGUAUGAGUUCGGUGUACCCCUCCCGACGUAGCUCGAAUACAGGAGGUCUGAUGGACCUCCGAAAUUGGGUCGUUUUACUGUUCCUUGUGACGAGUCAAAAUUAUUAUCGUCGUUUCCCCCGUUUGGCUCGCGUUUCGGUCGAAAUACGGGUCGGUUUUACUCCAAAAAAUACCCUAUUUUUUAUUCUUCAUCAUUGCGGCCGGGGUAAAACUGGCCCCCACUAAACGUUAAGUAGGUACAAUUUGUAUUAAUAGUAGAAGCAUUUUAGUAAAAAUUUGCCAUAUAGGCGCGUCGCGAAACUUUUUUUGUCGAUGAAGAAUGUUCAAGUAUUAAUCAAUUAAUGUAGACAAAAUAUUUGAAGAAAAAUAAUAUUAAUAUUAUAUUUUUCUUAGUAUUUAGAUAUGUAUGUAUAGUAUUUCGGUGCAGAAAGUUUCGCGGCGCGUACAGAAUUUAUAAAGUCGCACACAAAUGUGUGAAAAUCUCUUAUAAACGAUGGGAAUUUAUUCUAGAAAUGAAGUGGAGCCAGGUCAUGUUAUAUCGCUCUGAUGUAACUUCCAAAUAUAUCAAUCAUUUUGUAGAUUAUCUGGUUCCUUCGUCCAUUUCUAGGUGAAUUUCAGAUCUGUUAGUAAAUUAAUAGUUUCAGUAUACAUAAUAGCAAAUGCGAAUACAAUUUCUCUAAAUAAAAAUAGAAGUUUCCUAGAAAAAUAUUUAAAGACACGCCUUGAUCGCCCCGAACACCUUAUAUAGGAACCAUUUUCACUUGCGCACUUUGUAUCAUUAAUUCAUUUUUUGUCGACUGAUUUUCGUUUUUCUACUGCAUUUUCAAAUUUGGUAGUUUUUCAACGGUUUUGUGGCAACACUUUUGAAAAAUUGAUUUUUGUUUGUAGCCUUUUGAUUCUGCGUCGCAUCGGUGCGUUGAGUUUAGACUAAAUUUAUUUUUAUGUUUUUCUUUGUGAAUUUCGUACACUCGUUCGAUGUUUUUGGUGGUUCUUUUUCAUGAAAUUGCUCAAUGGUUUUUUUUGUAAAAUUGUUUAGUACUCCCUACCCCCCUCCCCCCUAGUUGAAAUUAGUCUGGCGGGCGAUGGUUGAAUGUAUGGUCGCACUGUCCCAUUUUGUAUUUUUGUAUUUUUAUAAUAAAAAAAACGUAAAUAAUGUGAAUUCGGAUGUGAUUUUUUUACUUUAACGCGCAACGUUGUAGUGAUCGCUUGGGUUUAGGACUUUUUAUAAAAAAAUAACUAAAACGGAUCUUCAAGUUGAUAAGCCAAAAUAAUCCUUUGAGCGUAGCGGUGGCAACUAGUUCGGGAAUAAAUAAUAAAUAUUAAUCAAUACUUUACUAUCACUAUUAUUCAACAUGACAAUUGACUCUAUAAUACGAAGGAAAGAUCUAAAUGAGCUGUAAAAGCGAUGAAUCCACUAACAGGUCAAUAUUUAUACUACGUUCAAAGCUCUGAACCUUGAAGAUCUGUUAGACCCAGCGGUAAAAAAACUUAAUAAUUGGUGUUAGUAUUAAACCGAGGUGUGUUUGGGAUAUGUGGUCUGCCUGCGAGCGGUGGGCUAGAUUUGCACUACGCCUAGGGCUUAUGACGACUGUACCGUCAUGUUACGCUGGUCACCGGCCGUUGUAAACUAUGUGCCUGUAUAUCCACCACUAAAAGGCUAGUAUUCUCAUGAAGUUCCGAGGCUGGAAGCUCCCACAAGGAAUCUGUUACCCAUUUAUUGAUAGAUAGUUUACAAAAUAUGACUGUGUGGCCAGCAGCAGUACGCUUAUUUACCAAUUUGGUAGGAAGCGACAGAUUUUUAGUAACUAAUUUUGCUAUUUAGUUGAAUUAAUAUAUUGCGCGGGGGAAAGUUUCAAUUCGUCCUCCCUUCUUUAUUAUUAUUAUUGUUUUCUCUUGAGGUUUUUAUAACCUGUUUUCUCUUGUCUGUUGUAGUUCUUAAUGUCGCCUCGCAUUAUUAUAGUUUUGACUCUCGUUUAGUUUCUUAUUAUGUGGAGAUUUUGACACAAUGACGCGGCCGAGUUCGAGUGUGGCAGACUUCAGCAGUAGUUGGUAAUGUUAGUUGAAUUGUAGGGUUGAUAGAUUGUUUGUGCACCGCGUCAUUGUGGCAACAUGUCAGGGCAAUCGUCUACUUUUGAUGGCAUAUGUAGCGUUUGAAAAUGAAAAUAUUUUUUAGUUGAUUUGGAGCGUGGUUUAGUUUGUUGAGGCGGGGCGACGGUAUUCUCGCACGUACCUUUAGUCGCUAGUUUGUAGUUGUUGUUUUGUCGGCGCCGUCGCUAAGCGGCCCUCGUUCACGUUUGUACGUUGUCUGUUUUUUCUAUGGACGGGUGUGCUGUUCUCAUUAAUUUUAGAUCGUAAUUUUGUCGUUUGCAUAUCACUGCGUGCGGUCACAGCAGGGGGGCGUCGCGGUGUCAUUCUUAUACAUUUUUUGACGUGAAAUUUGUAUCUUUAUAAAUGAAUUGUUGUUGUUGAUCGGUGUAUCGUCCCCCACGUUACUCCCGAGUGAGUUUCGCACUUCACAUGCAUGUAAAUAGGAGUUAGGAGAAAACAAAAUUUAAGAAAAUCCGCAAAAAAAUAAUGUUUUUUACGAUUAUGUCGGUGGCGGAACAGAGUUAGGAAAAAUUUUUUCGUCUUAGCGUCGCCCGAAUCGCCCGGGUAAGUUUUGUAAAUUCUUGUGCUAGAGUUUUUAGUGAAAUUAAAGAAUAGCAAAGAGUAGCGCAAUUUAAACUAACCUAGUUGAGUCUAAUAAUGUACCUAAUAUCUUGUACCGUUGCUAGGACAAUAUUAUUGUGUUUUUUAAAUAAUAAAAAAUGAUUGCACCGUUUUAUCUUCAGGUGUUUUUUCACUGUUUAUAUAAUUUAAACUAUAUCGAAAGUUGCGGUGGAUCUAAAUUUAUUUUUUUAAAUAGUAUUUUCGAAUUCAGUGGUCUCUUGUUCAGGUAAUUGUUGGAACACUGGAGUAUUUGUCAAACGAUUAGAAGCUUUAUCUGACCAUUUAUAUCUGAGACUUCAUUUUAGACAAAUAUAGAAUAUAAGUUUGAGUAAAAUAUGAAGUCUCUUAGUAAUUUACUUAAAUCUUAUUGACACUCGUUUGCAUUACUUGAGUGUUCCAGCAUUUUGUCUCUGGGCAUCGUACAAAUACCAAGUUUCUACUAAAAACCACUCACAGAAGGUUAUCUAUUUCGUAGAAAUGAUUUCGUCCUAAGAUUUUUGCGAUGCACAGUGACGGUUCUAUCUCCGAGGCCACAUUAUAAUUUAAAUUGAUUUAAAAUAAGAUUUAUAUAUUUUUAUAUGCAGUUGUUUCAUUCAUUGUUAUAUAAAAUCAAUUUUGUUGAUACUUGAUAUGAAAUUGAAACCGUUUUUUUGCCAAACUUUUUUAUUUGGUGCCUUUGGGUCUAAUGUGUGUUUCUGUAAGCGUUCUACGAUACCUAGUGACAGCUUUAGUGAGAAAUAAUUAAGAUUAAUUUUUAAGCUUUCUUUUUAGACUUAAGUACAUUUUCUAAAUGACUGUGCAGUGCCGGUGAAGUUGGGAAUACGGGAAACUGUGACAGGAAAAGUAUAUCGCAUGCUAUCUGUGCGUGACUUGUCAGCGCCUGUCACUGUUUUAAACAAUUUCAGGCCAUUUUUAAGCAUCUUUGUUCCCAGUACUGCUUCCGUAUUACCCUUCACCGCCGCUCGACAUUAGAUCCAACGGCACCAAACUGCGUCCCGUGCCCCUUGUGUUGGCCUCGACACUCGCUUAGUCUCGUUUCACGCCCGUGACUUACUUUACGACUAUUGUGAGAUAUUAAAAUGAAUUUGAAACUUUCGCUCUGUGUUUGUAUUGUAGUUUGCUUUCUGGGGUAGUGCAAUUGUUUGAAUUUGUUGCGGGGAUGAGACUGUGCUUUGCAGAACAUCUACCUACAGCUCUCCCAUGAAUAAGCCUUGAGGAAAGAGAUUUUCUAGGCACUAUACAUUUAUAGUUGUACCGUGCCUCCUACACCUAAGCACGAGGUUUUACUAUUACACCUAGUAGGAGAGUAGUAGCAGUAGUGAUGUCUUGGAAGUUUUGUGCAAAGCACAGUUUUAUACAAGCCCAAGUGUGUCACAGAUUAUUUUUGUAAGUACAUUAUUUUUAUUAGCUACAUCCUUCUAGUUUCGACCAAAGACAGUAUGCGGCCCAAAGUUACCUACCAAAAAGACAUAAUUGAUUCCUAUUUUUUACUUAAUUUCCGGUGAAAAAUCGCUUUUUUGUAAACAUUUUUUUAAUCACCCGCUUGUUUUGAUGUAUUUUUGAUGUUAUUCCUAUUUAUUUUUUACCAAUUUUUUGUAUAACUUUUUUAUCGAUUAUUAGGUUUAUUCACUAGUAGUGUUAGUGUUACAUUUUUUCAGUAUUUUUUUCGAGUUUUUUUUCUAUUAUAGGUAAUUUUACACAGAUUAGUAUAAGCUUUCAGCGAAUAUAAAGUUUUUGCACGUUGGCCGUAAAAUAAGGUAUAUUUAUGUAUAUUUAACUUGGAAUAAAUAGAAAAAUGUAAAAAAAUCUGUUUUAAUAUUGCAAAUUAGAUUCAAAUUUCUGAAAAACGGAGCUUUAUUGUUUUCCUUUUUAAUUUUUAAUUCUUAUUAAAAUGUAUUACGAUUUUUUAUAUAUUUGUAUUUAUGUAAAAACUACAUAAUUAUUGUAGAUAAGUAGUUUUGGAUUUACCUGCGUUUUUCCUUAUUUUAAGAGUGAUUUUUUUAUUUUAUUUUGUUGUUUGAUAGUAUUACUUAGUGUUACGCUUAUUGGGGACUACGGUGAGGAAGAAUGUUUUACAAUCUGACGGUAGUCAGAAUGUUUUUACACGAUUGUAAUGUUCCUAACUAAAAUAUAUUGUAUACCUAUUUGUGUUUAUAUAAGUAUUUUGUUGAAAAUAUCACUCAAAUGUACCUAUUACAACUAUUAUGAUUAUACAAGUAGUUUAUCGUUAUGUAUUCAGUAUUCGUAUUAUAUAAGUACUUAAUUUUUGUUUAUUAUAUAAAUCUGUAAAAGUUCGUGUAUAAAUAGAAGUCACAAGCUACCGUGAGAUUUAAAAUAAAUUUUAUGUAUUCAAUAUGCGCCCUCAGGUCCCCAAUAGGCCAGUAGGUAUUGUUUAAAAACUGAAAUACUUGAAUUUUUAUAUGAAUUUUAUUAAUAUAAUAUGGUAUUUUACUAAAUAUUAGUCCAAUAUUAAAUCUUUA